AUGGAAGCAGAUUAACUAUUGGUGACUAAUUUUUUUAUAGAAUAAUAAAUAAAAAUAUUAAAACCCUAACCUCUAGCUAUUAAAUAAAGUACUGAAAUUUUAUAGCAUUACUAUAAAUUAUAAGCAAAAGAAUAGGUCAAAGUCAUCGAAACAUCUUUGCUCAGCAUUUAUUCAUUUUUUUAAGCAGACAAUUUUGAAGGUUUUUAGGAUGUCAACAACAAGAUUAAUAAUUUGCUUGAAGAUAUUUCUAAACUGGAUGACAACACAAUAAGAAAGGGGUAAUAUCGGAGAUCUAUUGGUAGAAAGUCAUUAUAAAAGUAUUUCAUUCUGAUUGUAUAUAUUAAAUAGAUCAUUUAAAAUUUUAUCCUUAAAACUCAGAAUAACUUUGGACAUAAUCAGUAAAAAGUGGGUAAAUAAACAAAAUAUGGUCUAACCUCUGCAUUCGCAACAUACAAAAGUAUAUUGACAUAUUUAAGAUAAAGUACUUUGAAUUCAGAUUUAGCUUUGAUUUCUAAAAAGUUUAAUAAAAUGUUUAUAUGCAGAAUUUGUGAACAACCAGUUUAGGCAACAUAGAUGGCAUAACAUUGUAUAAUGUGCGAAUAGCAAGCUGAGAGCAAAAAAAGAUUAUUGGAACUAAAUUUGGAAUUAGCAAAUAUAUGUGAUUAGGCAUAUUUAGAAAAGAGGAAUGUGCAAGUGAAAUUGGCGAUUAAGAAAAUGAGGGAUAAAACAAGAAGGAGACAAUAUCACAACACUAAAUACAUAUAUAGAAGAGUUUAGACUUUAGAUGAUUAGGAUGAGGAUGAAGAUAAUUAAAAUGAAUAUCAAUAAGAAUUGAACAACAUAGUCAACAUUAUGACGUAAAUUAUUAACUUUGCUGAAAAAACAUUAAAUAAUGCUGCUGAAGUUGAAGAUACUAAAUCUUUAUUAAUAGAGACUUUAGUACUGUUAAAUGACAUAGUUAAUGCAAUUUAAUGUAUUGAAAGCCAAGAAACUUUGUCGAUUAUUAAUGCAACUCAUAAAUGCUUAUUGGAUAGACUUGAUUUUUAAAAAAAAAAAGAGAAUAUCAUUAAUAAUUCAAUCGAAGGAUCACCUAAUCAAAAUUAAGACAAUAUUACUAAGAUUAAAAGAGCAUUCACUAAAUCUAAUUCAAUAUCAUUUAGGAUGCCUAAAUUUCAGAAUUCCCCUUCCCCUUCUUAAAGAAUAUCUACAGAUCCUAUAUAAGAAGAAGAUGAUUCACCAUAGUCACCUUAACUUUAAUCACCACAAAAACUUGGAACUCAAAGAAAAGCAUUCAAAAUGAAUUCUUCCAUCUUUAAAUUAAGCGAUGGAUCUGAAUCACCUAAAUCAAUUAAGUAAUCAUCUGCUUUAACUUAAAUGAAACCAAGUUAUUUUUGUUAAACUGAAGUAAAUUAAUCAAUUAAUUCUUCAAUUAGUGAUCUUAAAGUGGAAUAAACAAAAAAAUAAUCAACUAGUGAAAUCACAUAAUCCAAAGAUACAAUUUAAAAUUCUUUAUUAAAACUGUCACAAUUCAAAGCAACCAUACAACCUCUCCUGAUGAAAAAUUAAAAACCUCAAAAUUUAGAAGAAAUUAAAGAAGAAAAAUAAAAAUACCCAAAAAAAAUUGAAAUUCAAAAAUAAUCUAUAAAAGAUAGUGAAAAUUCAUCAAACAUAUCUAGUAUGGAAUCUGGAAAUUCUAAUAAUAACGAAGUUGCUAAUUAAGCACCUGUUAAAAAAUAAAGAAAAAAGAAGAAAUUAAGCUUCUAAUCUUAAGAAAUUGACAAAGCCCAAUUAGUUGGUAAAAAUUAACAAAGAAAAAGCAAAUUCUUUGAAAAUUAAGUAUGUAAGUCUCCCAUGGUUCUUUAAGAAAAUACGAUCGAUGAAAUUUUGAUAGAUAAAGGUUAUCAUUCUGACUCCAACUUAAUAAAAACUGUUUCUCCUUAAUUAAAUGAAACCUCAAAAGUUGGAGUUAAAGAUUUUGAAUUCAUAAAGCUAUUAGGAAAAGGAGCUUAUGGUUGGGUCUUUUUAGUUAAAAAGAAAGGAUCAGGAGAUCUCUAUGCUUUGAAAAUAAUUGACUGCGCUUAAAGAAACUUAGAAGCAUUUCUUGAAUAAUUAAAGGCUGAAAGAAACAUCUUCGAAAUUUUAAAUAGUAGUUUUGUUGUCAAAGCCUACUUUUCAUUUGUUCAUGAACAAUAUCUGUGUUUUGUAUAAGAAUAUAUGAUGGGAGGAGAUCUAGCAAGCAUUUUGAAACAAUACACGGCACUGGAUGAAUUUUAUGUUCAACACUAUAUGGCUGAAAUAGUAUUGGCUUUAGAAUAUUUAAGACAAUAAAAUAUAGUGCAUAGAGAUUUAAAGCCAGAAAACAUUUUAUUAGAUUGUUAAGGACAUUCUAAACUAGCUGAUUUUGGUCUAUCCGAAUAAGGAGUGAAUAGCAGAUUGAAAUUAAAAGAAAAGCUGACUUCUACUGAGAUACCCACUUGCGUGGAACAAAUCAGUGAUCAAUAAGCUUAUUAGCCUGUCUAUAAAUAACUGAAAAAGGUAGAAUCAAUUUUAGUGGAGAAGUAAGGAAGUAAGACGAAAAAGAUUGUUGGAACUCCAGAUUAUAUUGCGCCUGAAAUCAUAUUAGGAACUUCCAUCAGCAAUUUUAGUUCAGAUUACUGGAGUUUAGGUAUUAUAAUGUACGAAUUGCUUUGUGGUAUUGCUCCUUUUAAUGAUGAUACUGUUGAUAAGAUCUUUGAUAACAUUUUGAAUAUGCGAAUUGAAUGGCCUUAAAUUGGAGAAGGAGAGGAUUGUAUUUCAGAAUAAGCAUAUGAUCUAAUUGUACAAUUGUUGGAACCUGACUUCAACAAGAGAAUUGGGCAUAAAUCUAUUGAAGAAAUAAAAAAUCAUAAAUUCUUUAGAGGUAUCAUUGAAAUAUAAGUGUUAGGGAUUUAAUGGAACAAAUUAUUGAGCAAGCCAGGAUUGAUUAUUCCGGAGUUGAAUUGCGAAUCAAAGGAUACAGAGAAGAUGCAAUAGUUUCUAAAAAAGUUGGAGAAAACUAAUAAGGAUUCAGAAAACAAAAAAUUAGCUUAAUAAUUGAAAGCUUAACUUUAAAAUUUAGAGAGAAUUGACUUAUUAAAAUAAAGAAGCACAUAAGAAUCCGAUAAAUAUUUAUUGCAAGUGUAAAAUGAACAGAAAAAAAUUUAACAUUAAAUUGAGUUACUUACAUAACUUUAUGCCAAACUUUACUAAUGCUACUCCAAAAUGUAGUGA